UCGACUUACAACGAGAAAAAGCAAGCUAUGCUUUAAGUUUUUGGUACGGCAAAACACCACUACCUGACUACGUCUACCUACCAAUUGACAUUUUGAGAACGACAGCUUGGUGGAAAAUUAGAAUUUGUUAAUUUCUGUGCUUGAAAUAUCGUUAAGAAAUACAUUAUCUUGGAACAUCAACCUUCUUGUGUACAGGAAGUAGAAGCAGGAGGGGCAUUAUCUUGGAUGAGACACGUUUUAUGGUAUGAUGGAUAUCCUUCAUCGAAUCAUUUCUGUGUCUAUGCAGAUUUUUACUGUCUUUGUGUUGAUGAUCAGCCUUCACAGAGAUACAUGGCAAGUCAAUGGGCAGAUAUGUAAUACUCCAGACUGGCUAGACUAUGGUGAUUCACAGUACCUCAUCGUUAACCAUGUAAGGACCUGGUCUGCUGCGAGGAUCCACUGCCAAGACAACGGUGGAGAUCUUGCAGUUAUUCGUUCUCAUGAACAAACUGCUUUUCUCGUCACCUACACGUUGAAAUCUACUUAUGGAUAUAGCUACUGGAUAGGACUUCAUGACUCAGACGGUGAUGGACAGUACACGUGGAUUGACGACACACAACCACAGUACUCGAACUGGUCCCCUUCACAACCGUCAAGUAGCCAUGCAUGUGUCCGCAUGAAAUCUUCAUACAGCGUUGUAAAUCAAGGGAAAUGGCAAACAAGUUCCUGCUCAAAUACCCGCGUCCACAUAUGUCAACGUCCGAAAGAUUCUCGUUGUUCGUGGCAUCGUUUCGGCCAAUCGUUAUAUCGGUUCUACGGAGAAGCAAUGUCUAAUGAUGAUGCUAGAGCACACUGUGUGAGCAAUGGCGGUGACCUGGCCAUUAUCAAAUCAGAAGAAAUUAAUCCUGGAUUCAAAUGA